CGAGGUUCCAACAUACGUGAUCGUCGGCCAUUUUACGUCGUCAAUCUUUUUUAAGGAUGUUCUGCCGAAAUAGCAAUGUUUCUGGAGAAAGAUCUCCGUUUGAUGGUUCAUGCUGCAGCGGCCAAGGAGUUGCUGCUGACAGCACAGAAAGUGAAGCUGAAGACGUACCCAAAUACCGGGUUGUCCUACUCGGUGAUUCUGGAGUCGGAAAAACAGCACUUGUAUCGCAAUUUAUGACGAGCGAGUACAUGAAUACUUACGACGCAAGUCUCGAUGACGAAUUCGGUGAGAAGACUGUGUCGAUUCUCCUGGAUGGGGAGGAAUCUGAGAUGAUCUUCAUCGAUCAUCCUCACAUCGAAAUGAGUCUGGAAAAUUCACUCUCGACUUACGAACCGCACGCUUGCGUCGUCGUGUACUCGAUAGUAUCAAGAGCAAGUUUUCAAGUUGCUGAAGAGAUGCUCAAUUAUCUGUGGAAGGAGCACUUCACGCAAGAGAGGUCUGUCAUUGUUGUUGGAAACAAGUCUGACCUGGCGAGAAGCCGCACCAUUACCGCUAAUGAGGGAAAGCAAUUAGCUACAUCGAGAGAGUGCAAGUUCAUAGAGACAUCCAGUGGAAUACAGCACAACGUUGAUGAGCUGCUGGUGGGUGUUCUCAAGCAAAUUCGUCUUCGUGAAAUGCGAGACAAAAAAUUUAAACUAAUUGCUUGAUUGAUUAUCAUAAGAGUAGAUGAAUUAGAUGAAUAAAUUGAAUAGACGAGGGUAAUAAUAUGAAAUUUUCUGCAUUGCGUGCAGCGUGUGCAGAAUAAUUUCGAGGAUGCUGGAAUCGUCCAGACGCUGGUCGUCUUCUAAUAAGAAAAGUAUUAAAAAUAAUAAACUUCAUCACAAUGAGUUCGAUGUAUCGAUAAUGAAAUAUAAAGUAGACUAGACUCUCUGAAAUUUCUCCAUAAAGGCGUGACUAUGAUUAAUGGUGUGAUGUUAAAUUAAUAAUGUUUUUGAAUUUUUAAUUUUGUAUAUGCUUAAGCACUACCCGAAUUAUUUAUUUCAUCUUGUAAAUAGGGAAUUUGUUUAGGAUUCGUGGAUAAUAUGAGAUUAUUGGAUACAUAAUACGAAGAAAAUAACAAGUAGCUGCGGCCUAAUCACGUAAUGAGGGGAGAAUAAUUUCCUCGCUUUCUACUAAUUAGAAUUGUUUCGAUCCAGAUUGACUGUUGUAUGAGUUAUUCCAAUCUUCUCAUUAAUUUUCAGUCAAUUAUACUAUAAUCCGGCGUAACUUAAAAAAAUACAUAUCUAUAUCGGUGAUUAUAAAUUUAAUUUCAAUCACGUACCAUUUGAUACGGAAAAUGCGAUGAGUCUAAUUUGAAAAUUCGAUUAAAUGAAAUGAUUCGUUAUGCGUCAUGCGUUUUUUUGUAAAAAAUAAUUCUACACUUGCAGAUAGGAUUAUUAAUUGUCGAACGUAUUUGCACUGCCUUUUGUUACCUCACGGCUUUAAAUUCAAUUGUAAAUUUCCAAUGUUCGACAUUUUCACUUUCAAUGCAAUUGAAUGAAUUCAAAAUCCUUUGAGGAUUGAAUUUGAGACGAAAUGUUUGAGCUUUAUUAUUGCAGUUCGAUAUCUUGAUGUUUCCUUAGAAAUUUAAAAUUGUACUAUUGUGUAAUCUCAAUUGUUCGAUGGUGCGGAGAGAAGAUUGACUGUUAAUCCAUGUAGGAUGAAAAGUCCAAUAUUUCCUUUGAAUAAAAAAUCGAUUCAAUGGAACAUAAUCUUUUCUUCUUCAAAAUCGUUAGGAUUCCCCUUAAUUGAGAUCUUUUUCAUAUUUUCAAGUCGACUCUCAUUUAAUUACUUCGAUCCCCUGAAUUGUAUUUCAAAAUUUUGUUUUUACUUUUUAUGAUUUGAUGUGAUUUGUGGACGCCCAUAGGGGUGUCAAUAAAUGUAAUCGAAUUUCUCACCUGAUUGGUGAUAAUUACAUAAUUCUAUGCGUGAAGAUAGUUGUAUGUGACACAAAUGAGGUGUCUAAUUUAUUCGUUGAUUAGUAUGUGUCAACUGUGUUCUGACUAUAUGCGGUACGGGUGGUCAAUUGUAAUCAAUUAUUCGGUAUUAUGUGUCAGCUAAUACUGUUUCACUGUGCGAACUCUCAGUGUGAGAGACUCAAAUUUCGACAAUCAAUAAUUAAAAAUACCCCUUUAAGGCUGGCUACUGUACUGAUAAAUACCAUAUGUUUAUGAAUAAUUAAAGUUACAUAUG